UGGAGAAUCUGAGAUAACAAGGUGUAGAGCUGGAUGAACACAGCAGGCCAGGCAGCAUCAGAGGAGCAGGAAAGCUGACGUUUCGAGCCUAGACCCUUCUUCAGAAAAAAUGAUGGUGCUUGGCCUGCCGUGUUCAUCCAGCUGUACACCUUGUUAUCCCACAAUGCCUCUCUCCUUUGCCCCUCACUAUCCCGCAAUACCCCACGCAGUGGCGCCCUCACUACUCCACAAUGCCUCUCUCCAUCGGCCCUCACUAUCCCACAAUGCUUCUCUCCAUCGCCCCUCACUAUCCCACAAUGCCGCUCUAACUGGUCGCCAUGGCGCAGGGUCGGUUGAAACUGGCGGCGCGGGCCCCGGCGGGAAAGAAGCCGAAGAGCAAGCGAGGCGGAGUCGCGCGGCCUCGGAAAGGAGGGAGAAUAAUCGCUCCAAAAAAGACUCAAGUAGUUCAACAACAGAAAUUGAAGAAGAACCUGGAAGUUGCGAUAAGGAACAAGAUUGAGCACGAUGUCACUAUGAAAGCUAGCUCCAACAUGCCCAAAAAACUGAACAUUGUCAAAGCACCACAGAAGAAGGGCAAGGCAAACAAUUAGGAUGUUUACCAGCCUGGGAAGUAUCUCCGGAUAUUGGAAAGAAGUUCAGCAAAGCUUGCAAAGUGAGAUCUCCAACAUACUUUGUCCCCUCGACACACUUUGAUUCAUUGAUUAAAAAAAUACUUUAUUUCA